UUUUUCUUUUUCUUUUUUCUCUUUCGCCUUUUCUCCUCCCCCCUGUCCCCGUGGUGUCAUCAUGGCAGCGUAGGUAGGAGCCACGUGAACUCGGCAUUGGACUUCAUCGGUCGUGAGUGUGGCCAAACGCUCGCGAUCCCAUCCUUGUUGCUUGUAGGGCCCGUAGCAAGCCCCACAAUAGCUAGACGACAGAGCGCCCCAAUGCAACUCGCUUGAAUCGCUUCAAGGGAUGGACACACUGACAGGAUAUACCUCUACAAAUUGUGAGACUGUGUGCAGCAAAGGGACAAAGAGCCUGAACAACCAACUGCUCUAGAUGCGUGGAGUUCAUUGAAAAGAGCCAUCUUCUCCUAACACUUGACGCUGGUGAGCUAUGGCUGCUGAGACUAAAAACGCUGAAAAACAGCCCCCCAACCCUCCACCAGACCCACGCUGGAAGUUCCUUGUCUUCUACCUUUGUUUCUAUGGCUUUAUGAACCAGAUCAGACCUGGAGAGAGCUUCAUCACUCCCUACCUGGUGGGAACUGAGAAGAAUUUUACCAAGGAAGAGGUCACCAAUGAAAUCACACCGGUGCUCUCCUAUUCCUACAUGGCCGUGCUGGUGCCCAUCUUCCUGCUGACUGACUACCUGAGGUACAAGCCAGUGCUGGUGCUGCAGAGCCUGAGCCACAUCUCUGUCUGGCUGCUGCUGAUCUUUGGCACCGACAUCCUUGCCAUGCAGUUCAUGGAGUUCUGUUACGGCAUCACUAUGGCUGCCCGGGUGGCCUACUCCUCCUAUAUCUUCUCUCUGGUCCCCUCCUCACGGUACCAGCGCAUGGCCAGCUAUUCUCGCACCUCCGUGCUGUUGGGGAUCUUCACCAGCUCUGUGCUCGGGCAGCUCUGUGUCACGGUUGGGGGCACCACCUUCAUGACCCUGAAUUAUAUCUCGCUGGGCUUCAUGUGCUUCGGCUUGAUGCUGACCCUCUUCCUGGAACGCCCCAAACGCAGCCUCUUCUUCAACAGGAGUGAACCUGUGUGCAAUGGUACCUCGCCCUCAGAGCUGGACCAAAUGAACCCUGGGGCUGGCAAGACAGUGUGGCACAAGGCCUCUAGCUGGCAGAACAUGGUCUUUUUCCGGAUGUUGAAGGAGCUGGUGACCAUUGUACGGCUCCCUCAGCUGAGACUUUGGUCCCUCUGGUGGAUAUUCAAUUCUGCAGGCUACUACCUGAUGCUAUAUUAUGUGCAGAUCUUAUGGAAUGACAUCUACCCUACUAGAGACAAUAGGAAAGUCUACAAUGGAGGCGUGGAAGCGGCUUCUACCCUCCUCGGUGCAAUCACCUCCUUUGCUGCUGGCUAUGUGAAAAUCCGCUGGACACUCUGGUCAGAGUUGGUGAUUGGUAUGGUGACGGCAUUCCAGGCAGGCCUCCUUUUGCUGAUGAACACAACCACCAACAUCUGGAUAUGCUAUGUGGCUUAUGUCCUCUUCAGGGGCUCCUACCAGUUUCUUGUGCCUAUAGCUAUUUUCCAGAUUGCAGCUUCCCUGUCGAAAGAGCUCUGUGCCCUGGUGUUUGGAAUCAACACCUUCCUUGCCACAGUUCUCAAGAGCACCAUCACCAUUAUCAUAACAGACAAAAGAGGCUUGGGUCUCUCAAUUCAUCCUCAGUUCUACAUUUACUUUGGCUACUUCACACUCCUGGCCACCGUAUAUCUUGCAGCAUCUGUGUAUGUGGCUGUGAGGCACAACGCAUGCAGGAAACCUCAAGAGGAAGCACCCCCCGCCAAGGAACUCCUCAGCCCAGUUGAGGGCAUUCCAGUCAACAGCCGAAACCCAGAAGUGGCUGCUUCUGAAGCCUGAACUACUACAGCAAGUGGCAAGAGGAGGGAAGCCUGCCUGCAUACAUACUCCUUGUUGUGGCAAUGUGACCAGCAGGUCAAUGCAGUUUUAUUCCAGAAUAUUGGACCAUCAACACAGAAGCUAAAGUAGAAAAGGCCUUGCAUGGCUUUGACAUGGGGCUUGUCCACAUGCUGCACAGAACUGACGGACUGAUUUCUGCACUCUCUCAUGUGCACCACCUCCUGGGCCAAGCUAAGAUUAUGGAAGCAAAAUUCACCAGUAUUACAGCCGGCCAUGUAAUGACUUUUAAGAAUGUGGGUUUAAGCACUGAAUUCCCCAACCCCUACAGCUUGUAAAUGAGUUAACAGGGAGGCACUUCUUUGUAGACAUUUUCUAUUUUUUAAAAGUAUACUAGUAAUUUGUUACCAGUAAAUUAUAAGCUGCAGGGAC